AUGAAUGAUUUUUCCGAGCUUGAUUAUGUCCAACGAGAUUUGUAUGGUAGAGAGGAGAUGUAUGAUUUUCUAGACGGAGUUGAGAAAGUUAGGUUUCAUUUUCCAUAUGAAGGUGAAGAAAUCCAGGUGAAGAAAUAUGGUUUUGACGAGCUCUCCACGACUACUGUUCAUCAUCUUCUCCACCUUUUUGGUGAAACUAAUUUUGUGAUUACAAAUUUGAAGAUGAGGUGCUUCUCUUGCAUAAAUUUUUGCUCCAAAGAUGUCGAAAAUUACGAUGGCGAUGUCGCAUCCAAUGAUUUUGCAGUUGAUGACAAGGGAAAAACAUGUACAGAUGUUACAGAGAAGGGGAAAAGUUUUAGUAGCCAGAGGUAUAAUGUGGCAAGCCGUUUUACAUUUCGUGAACUUUGUGUCGCAACACAGAAUUUCAAGGAUUCUAAUUUGAUCGGAGAAGGUGGAUUCGGAUGUGUUUACAAGGGUCGAUUAGAAUCAGGGAAAAUAGUUGCUGUAAAGCAGCUAAACCUCAAUGGCCUUCAAGGACACCAAGAGUUCAUUGUGGAAGUUCUUAUGUUGAGUCUUUUGCGACAUUCAAAUCUUGUAACUUUGAUUGGUUAUUGCACAGAUGGAGAUCAAAGACUCUUGGUUUAUGAGUACAUGCCACUGGGUAGCUUGGAAAAUCAUCUUUUUGAUCUAGAACCUAAUCAAGAACCGUUGGAUUGGCAUACGAGACUGAAGAUUGCAGUUGGAGCAGCUCGUGGGCUUGAGUAUCUCCAUUGCAAAGCAAAUCCACCUGUAAUUUAUCGGGAUUUAAAAUCAUCAAAUAUAUUAUUGGAUAAUGAUUUCAACUCAAAGCUUUCUGAUUUUGGGCUUGCUAAACUGGGCCCAGUUGGUGAUAACACUCACGUGUCAACUCGAGUUAUGGGCACAUAUGGUUAUUGUGCUCCUGAUUAUGCGAUGAGUGGAAAGUUGACUAUAAAGUCUGAUAUUUAUAGUUUUGGUGUGGUUUUGUUGGAGCUCAUUACUGGACGUAAAGCAAUUGAUAUGAACAAGAAACCUAGCGAACAGAAUUUAGUUGCUUGGUCUCUCCCUUUUUUGAAAGACCGAAAAAAGUUUAUUCAGUUGGUGGACCCGCUUCUAGAAGGUCGGUUUUCGGUUCGAUCGGUGCACAAUGUGGUUGCAGUGACUGCGAUGUGUCUACAAGAGCAGGCCAAUUUCAGGCCCUUUAUUGGUGAUAUUGUGGUUGCACUUGAGUACUUAGCCUCUCAAGCUGAACAUGAACAAGACUCGAGAACAAUUUCUUCUUCUAAGUGAAACUUUUUUUGUUAAGGGGAUUCAUGUUUGAUUUUCUUGAUAGGGUUUUUAUUUGUUUAUUUAUUUUUUUGAUAGAGAAUUGAUGAAUGUGGAUAAAGUAUAUUAUGCUUUUGUUUUCCAUUUACUUGCAAACGCGUGGUAUGUGUAGAUAAAUAUAUGGUCUUAGUUGAUGUUCUAUCAUGAAAGGAUGUUUGUUUCAAUUGUGUUUGAAAGGGUUUGAUAAUGUUUCACUGUCUAGCUGAAAAGUUAGCACGAUAAAAUUAUAGCGAUCCAUAAAAACUAAAUAAUUAAUGUAGAAUGAUAUAAAAAGACAUGUAUAAAGGUAUAUUUAAAAAUUGGCACACUAGGAG